AUGAAUACGGCCACUUCGAGUAAUACUGCUGUCCAGAACCAUCAUCGAGUAGGCCAAGGGUCACUAUUCCGCAUAAUUCCGGUGACACUCUACGGACAGGGACGUUCAAUUACGACGUUUGCGUUCUUAGAUGACGGCUCAUCAGUUACGCUUAUAGAGAGUUCCCUUGCCGAAGUCCUUGGCGUGGAAGGUCGUUCCAGUAAUUUGUGCUUGACUUGGACCGCCGGCGUCACUCGAUGUGAGCAAGAUUCCAGACAAGUUUCACUGCAGAUAUCCGGUGGUCAACGGCAGCGGAAGUACGUAAUUGCCAAGGCGCAUACCGUAAAGAAAUUAGGUUUACCAAAUCAAUCCCUAUGCUACGAGCGCCUGAUUGGAGCCUACCCGUAUCUGAGAGAUUUGCCGAUCCAAGAUUAUCUGGAUGCUGUUCCCAAAAUUCUUAUUGGUAACGACAACGCCCAUCUCGCCGUUGCUUUGAAGAGGCGAGAAGGAAAACAGGGCGAACCUAUCGCCACGAAAACUCGUCUAGGAUGGUCAAUACACGGCCCCACCCUAUCGAAUAAUAAUCAAGGUUUUAAUCUACAUAUAUGUCAAUGUACGGAGAGAGACGAGGCGUUACAUGAAUUGGUAAGGCAAUAUUUUUCAUUAGAGAGUAUGGGAGUAGCAACUCAAUGUACACCAGAAUCAGAAGAAGAUUUACGAGCAAAGCGUAUUUUAAAUAACACCACCAAGCGAAUUGGAUCCCGAUUUGAAAUCGGCUUAUUGUGGAGGUUCGACGCGUUCGAGUUUCCCGAUAGUUUCUUCAUGGCAAGGAAAAGGUUAGAGUGCCUGGAGCGGCGAAUGAUUGUAGAUCCACAGCUAGGUGAAGCUGUGAAAAAGCAGAUUGAAGACUAUAAAGCUAAAGGCUACAUUCAAAAGGCGUCCCAAGAAGAACUACUUGAAGCAGAUCCUCGUAAAAUCUGGUAUUUGCCUCUCGGAGUAACUAUCAAUCCCAAGAAACCCGGGAAAAUUCGCAUCUUCUGCGAUGCAUCCGCCAAAGUAGAUGGCGUUAGCUUAAAUACCAUGCUGUUAAAAGGACCUGAUCUACUCGUACCGUUGAAAUCUGUAAUCACAGGGUUUCGAGAACGGCCAGUGGCAAUAUGUGCCGAUGUUAAGGAAAUGUUCCAUCAGAUGGUUAUGAGAAAAUGCGAUAGACAAGCGCAGCGAAUACUGCUGAGGGAAGACCCUAAACAAGAACCGCAAGUUUAUUUUAUGAACGUAGUCACCUUUGGCUCAGCUAGCUCGCCGUGUUCAGCACAAUUCGUUAAAAAUUGUAAUGCCAGUGAAUAUAGCGAACAAUACCCAGAUGCGUCUGAUGCUAUCAAACGUAAGCAUUACGUUGACGACUAUCUGGAUAGUUUGGACAACGAGGAAGAAACUAUAAAGAGAGCGGAAGAAGUAACGUUCAUCCAUUCAAGAGGGUUUUUAAUCAGAGGUUGGAUGUCCAAUUCGGAAAAAGUUAUUCGGAAGUUGGGUGAAUUAGAGUCCGCCGAAGUGAAGGAGUUUGCAAAUGAAGUCUCUGAUGGAUCGGAAAGAGUUCUUGGAGUCUUAUGGAAACCCCGUGAAAAUGUGUUCACGUAUUCGGUAAAAUUUGUAGACACUCCUGAAUGGCCUACCAAGCGGGCCUUAUUGAGAACCGUGAUGAGUCUCUACGAUCCGUUAGGAUUCUUGUCUCAUUUUAUAAUCCACGGAAAAAUCAUCAUUCAGGAUGUGUGGCGAAGUAAUACAAACUGGGAUGAGAAAAUACCUGAAAAAUUGAAACAACGUUGGAAACAGUGGGUGGAUCUUUUCUCUGCAUUGGAGAAGACGAGAGUACCGCGAUGCUACUUUCCGGGGCAGCCUACUUCUGAACUCUCGAACAUCCAAUUGCACGUAUUCGUGGAUGCUAGUUUAGUGGCAUUUGCUUCUGUUGCGUAUCUACGAGCGGAAGUAGCUGGUUUAGCACAUUGUUCACUGGUGGCCGCAAAAUCAAAGGUGGCUCCACUCAAACUAACUUCAGUGCCACGAUUGGAACUCCAAGCUGCGGUUCUCGGUGCUCGAUUGGUGGAAUAA